AUGAUAGCAGAGGAUGAAGAAACAAAAGAGAUUAUAAAACGUACUUCUUUACCUAUAGAAUCGCAAAAAGUUUUACCAGGUACUAUCAAAGACGAGGCACCUAAAGUUUCUAUAACGGGCAACCCUAAGAUGAUAUUAUCUUAUGAAAGUCCUUUGCAGUUGACAUGUAAAGUAACUGGACAUCCUAAACCUAAAAUAUUUUGGACAGAUGACUUUGGAUCGACCUUGACAUUUACGGUCACAACAAUAAAGGUGGACUAUCAAUUUGUAAGUGUACUGGAUGUAGAUAUAGUAAAUAAAAACAACACAUACAUUUGUAAAGCUAGUAACAGUAAAGGCAGUGAUGAAAAAAGUGUGAAAGUUGAAAUACCAUAUUAUUUUGAUGUCAUUAAUCUUUCUAAGGAUAAAAAAGUAGAAUAUAAUAAAGAGGAAAAAUUGUACUGCAACGUAAAAGCCAUUCCACCCGCUAAUGUAACUUGGUAUUUAAAUGGAAAAGAAGUUGUUACUGAUGAUAAUUUAAGCAUUUCAUCAGACCAAAUGACUUUACAUAUAAGAGAAAUGAAACCCAAAUAUGUCGGAAAUUUUUUAUGUGAAAUACGAAACAAUAUGAAAAGACUUGUACAUAAUAUACAACUGACAAUAACAGGAGUUGAGGCUCCAAAAAUAGACAAAAAAAUUACUGAAAUCUGUGUAAAUAAAGGAUCCAAUGCAAAAAUUUCCUGCAGGUAG